CGGUAUUGGUGCAUUACGUCACCGUGUAAAAAGUGAAGCCACGUGGUUUCUGACAGCUAUUUCUACUAAACUGUAUCGUAUUUAAAGUUGACUAAAUUCCUGACACACAGCCGGAAAUGAGUUCUCAGAAAGGCUCCACGUCUCGAACUCGAGGACAAAAAUAUCAAAACACGACCGCUUUUAAGAAUGACAAACACGGCGCGAGUCCUCAAGUGAAGAAAGCCAACGCUAAGGUGCAUGACGGUGUGUGUCAGCGCUGUAAGGACAUCCUGGAGUGGAAGGUCAAAUACAGCAAAUACAAGUCUCUCACACAACCUCGCAAAUGUGUUAAGUGUCUGCAGAAGACAGUGAAGGAUGCGUAUCACAUCAUGUGCCGGCCCUGUGCGCUCCAGCUGCAGCGGUGUGCUAAAUGUGGGCAGAGUGAAGAGGUGGUCAUUCCGCUGGACAAAAAGGAAGACGAGGAAGUGGAGGAAGAAGAGCCAAAAGGAAACAGGAGGAGAAAAAAGCGAGACGCCCAUCGGACAGACGAGGAGGAUGAUUUGGAUGAUUUGGGUGAAAUGGACAGCGAUUGCGAUUCUGAGGAGACGGAAAAAAAUUAAGGAGGCGUUGUGUCCAUAAUGAUCUUCAGUGUCACUAGCAUGACGAGCAAUGAACUCGAGCGUGCAGCCUUCGAGCCUUAUGGUAGAGUUGAAAGACUUUUUUUUUAUUUUAUUUUUUUUUUACUGGUUUGGCAUACAUUGCUAAUAGAAGGAACUAACUGGAAGGUGGAAGAACAAGUCCAUUCAAAACUCAACUGUGCAGAAUGGAUUUUUAAAAAAGAAACCAUUUGUCUGCCAAGAAUAAGUGAAGGGUCCUGUGUAUUCCGGGAUACGCGUUUGUACUACGCCGCACACAAGUGAUUAAAUCCACACACGGAGCUGAGCAGCUCAGAGUUAACGGUCUCAGAGCUGUAUCACUGACUGACUGACUGGCAGUCUGGGGAUUUGAACUCACGACCUUCCCCUGGCAUCACUAGCGCAGAACCACUUCCAGUACUUACUCCUCUGAAGACAUUUCUGUUAAAGCGUUAAUUCCUAAAAUUUUGAUGACCUUUCAACUCUGCACUGAAUCAUAUGACUGAUCUUACAGGGGGGAAAAAAAGAUUUUCAUACAGAUUUUCUUGUAUUUAGUUUUUGUCCUACAUUGUUCUGUAAAUUGUUACAGUAUUAAAAAUGACAUGUCACUUCUGA